GCAUGUAAUGGGGUUUUUUUCUUGCUGCCUACUCGUCCUAAUUAAUACCUAUAUAAGCCUUUAUUUAACCCUAAUCCUCCCCUAUUGUGAUACUUGCGAAGUAAUUGAACCACCGUUCGAGAGAGAUAGAAAGAGAGCGACGGGAAGAAAGGGAGACGAGGAGAACCAUUGCCGAAUUUUACUGCCGGAGUUAUAAGAAGAGGAGGAAGACGGUGGAGACUAUUUUAUACGAUUCUUCUGUUUUCUAAAAGGUAUGGUGUUCCUAUCGUCCAUGGCAUCCAAGAAGUCCAAAAGUGAAGAAUAUCCUGCAUUUACGAACUUCACCAUUAAAGUGGACGUUGAAGGUUCCUGGGCCAAGACAGUCAAAAAGGUAUUGAACAGUGUUCAAGGUGUAACUAAUUUCAGAAUGGAGAACAACGGGAACGUUAACAUUUCAGGAUACAUCGAUCCAAUCUUACUUCUGAAAUGUCUGGAGAAAGCAGGAAAAACAGCAGAGAUAGUACAUUGGCAAUAUGGAGAAUGCUCAAGGAACCUGUUUGAGAAGCCAAAAUUGCCUUCGCCCUCGGUUAAUAACAACAACUUAUAUCUACCAGGUUACGAAGGCUAUAAUAACAAUGGUUAUUAUGGUUAUAAUUAUAAUAACGGGUAUGGGUAUGGGUAUGGGUAUCCCCCUAAUUACAGGAGGAGCAACUAUGUCUUCAACCAUCUAGAAUGUUCAGGGAAUGCUUCUGACUGUUCUGGACAUCAUAUGCGAAACCCAAACACUCCCAAUAAAUCGUCAUCAUCUUCUUCUUCGUCUAAAACUCAGUUCCAAAAGCCUGCGUCUGGUCACAUUGGCAACCAUCCUACAUGCUGCAGUUUGAUGUGAAGAAUUUCUUGAAAAUAUGUUUUUGUGUACUUAAUGUUUGAAUGUGACUAUGGUUUGGUGUGGUGUAGCGGGGUUAUAUUUUUUUACCCAAAUUUUCAUUUUCAACUUUUGACAACAGGAGGAAAUAUUUUAAGGUGGAUGUUUGCAAAUUGGUUUUUAAGGUAAACGACCAGUGAGUAUUUGUUGUCUUGGAAUAUAUUUUGGGGAUGUUGCCAAGCUUUGUGAGGUGAAUG